GCGUGCUGCAGCUCUAGGAGGGGUGCGCGUGUCCUCCUGAGUGCGAGACCUGAGCAACAUGUCUAGACUCGUGAACACAGUCACCGCACAGUUACACAGAGACCUCAGGCUGUGCAGGACACUGAGGGGGGACACUGUGCGCAGUGUGAGCGGGACACCGCGGAGACAAGCCGAGGAGAACAGGGAUGGAGGUGUAGGAGCUCUGGGGAAGAGGUUGAAGGAUAAAGCUGAGACUCUGAUCAUCGGAGGAGGAUGUGUCGGUGUAAGUCUUGCCUACCACCUGGCCAAAGCUGGGCAGAAAGAUGUGGUGCUUCUGGAGAAGUCCGAGCUGACUGCUGGAUCCACCUGGCACGCUGCUGGACUGACGACAUACUACCAUCCAGGGAUCAAUCUGAAGAAGAUUCAUUACCACAGCAUCAAGCUGUAUGAGCAGCUGGAGGCGGAGACUGGCCAGGCAGUGGGCUUCCAUCAGCCAGGGAGCGUGAGGAUCGCCUCGACUCCAGCCCGAGUGGACGAGAUGAAGUACCAGAUGACCCGCACACACUGGCACGCGACACCACAGUUCUUCAUCGAACCCGAGAAAGUCCAUGAGCUCUUCCCUUUACUCAACAUGGACAAGGUGUUAGCCGGUCUCUACACACCCGGAGAUGGACACAUCGAUCCGUACUCUCUCACCAUGGCUCUCGCCGCCGGAGCUCGGAUGUACGGUGCCCAGAUCUACAGCCCCGCCCCUGUGACCGGCCUCGCCCCUACACCCGAUGGCAGAUGGGAUGUCCGGACACCUCAUGGCACCAUCCGCGCCAACCGCAUCGUCAACGCAACAGGUUUCUGGGCACGGGAACUGGGCCAACUGGUUGGUUUGGAGCAUCCCACCGUUCCUGUCCAUCACCAGUACGUGGUGACGGCGACGAUUCCCGAGGUGAAGGCCCUGAAGCAGGAGCUCCCUGUGAUUCGGGACUUGGAGGGUUCAUACUACUUGCGUCAGGAGAGAGACGGCUUGCUCUUUGGCCCUUAUGAAAAAGAGGAGAAGAUGGUGCUGCAGGACUCGUGGGUCCGAGAUGGAGUCCCUCCAGGUUUUGGUAAGGAGCUUUUUGAAUCGGACCUGGACCGCAUCAUGGAGCAUGUGGAAAAGGCCAUGGAGAUGGUUCCUGUCCUUAAGCAUGCCGACAUCAUUAACAUCGUGUCCGGACCGAUCACAUACACCCCGGACCUGCUGCCCAUGGUCGGGCCACAUCAGGGACUCCGCAACUACUGGACCGCCAUCGGCUUUGGGUAUGGCAUCAUUCAUGCAGGUGGAGUUGGAAAGUUCCUGAGUGACUGGAUCAUAAAGGGUGAGCCUGCUUAUGAUCUGAUCGAAUGCGACCCAAACCGGUACGGCAAAUGGACCACCGUGCCGUACUUGUGUGCCAAGGCCAGGGAGUCAUACGGCUUCAACAACGUGGUGGGCUACCCCAAAGAGGAGCGCUUCGCUGGGCGCCCCACUAGCAGAGUCAGUGGGCUUUAUGAGCAGCUCAAGGAUAAAUGCUCCAUGGGCUUCCAUGCAGGCUGGGAGCAGCCUCAUUACUUCUACAAGCCGGGCGAUGACGUGGGCUACAGCCCCAGUUUCAGAAGAACAAACUGGCACGGACCGGUCGGCAGAGAGUGCAAGCUCGUUAUGGAGAAAGUGGGCGUGAUUGACCUCUCGCCAUUUGGCAAGUUCAUGGUCAAAGGAAAGGACGCGCACAGACUGCUGGACCGACUGUUUGCCAACACCAUGCCGAAGGUGGGCUGGACUAACAUCAGUCACAUGCUGACACCGAGGGGGCGUGUCUACGCUGAGGUCACCAUUACCCAGGUCGCACCUGGAGAGUUCCUGCUAAUCACAGGCUCAGGGUCUGAAUUGCACGACCUGAGAUGGAUAGAGAGAGAAGCGGCGGAUGGCGACUAUGAGGUGGACAUCACCAACGUGACUGAUGACAUCGGGGUGCUGGGAGUGGCUGGCCCCAACUCUCGCAAAGUCCUGCAGAAACUCACCAGUGAGGACCUGAGUGACGGUGCCUUCAAAUUCCUCCACUGCAAAGCCAUUCAGCUGGCUGGAGUCCCGCUGCGGGCCAUACGGAUAUCAUACACAGGGGAGCUGGGUUGGGAGCUGUAUGUGGACAUGCCAAAGCUGGCAGAAGUGUACCAGGCCAUCAUGGAGGCUGGAAGAGAGGAGGGCAUUGAUAACUUCGGCACUUACGCCAUGGCCUCUCUUAGGCUGGAAAAGGGCUUCCGAGGCUGGGGAGCUGAGAUGAACUGUGACACAAAUCCUCUCGAGGCUGGGCUGGAUUUCUUCGUUAAACUCAACAAGCCUGUAGAUUUCAUUGGAAAGAAGGCGCUACAGGAAAUCAAGGACCAGGGACUAAUGAGGAAGUUGGCGUAUCUCACCGUGGAUACAGAUAACAUAGACCCUGAGGGCAAUGAGACCAUAUGGCACAAUGGAAAGGUGGUUGGGAACACGACCUCGGGAGCAUACAGCUACUCGAUUCAGCAGAGCCUGGCGUUUGGUUACCUCCCCGUUGAAUUGACCAGUGUUGGCCAGAAGGUGGAGGUGGAGCUCCUGGGCAGGAAGUACCCAGCCACGGUGGUUCAGGAGCCCCUGGUGCACACCGAGCCCACCCGAACACGUCUGCAGAAGAAAAAGAGUGCAGUAUGAAGCGUGAACGCUCAUUUGGGAAACCAGUCCUCAGUAUUGUAACAAAAAAUUGAAAAUCAUUAUUUUCAGUCAGGGUACCGAAUCAUGUGGUUACAGUUCAGAACCUAAACAUGGCUCAUAAAAACUAAAACACAUACCUGUGAAAUAAAAAAAAAUAUAUGGAGUUGCUUGUAUUUCUUUUAAAAAAGGUUAAAUGUCAAGUUUAAGACAAGACUAAUAAGCUGUUUGCGGGCCAUUAAAGUUGGCUUAUUUAAUAAUGACCUUUUUGUUUUGAACCCUGGGAGUGUACUCCCAAAACAGAAAUUUUGCGAGGUCAAAUGCUGAUGUCUAGACAUUGUGGCAAAGAAGUAAACAAAUUAAAAGAUUUCAGCCAGUUUAUUCAAUCGGGAAGAAGUUAAUUAACUAUAUUGAAGAAAUGUUUUGAGAAUUAUAUAAUAAAAACCAUUUAUUGUUGGAUCAAAUGAGACAACUGGAAAAUGUUGGAGCAUAAGGUUUUUUUAAAUAAACUUAAAACUAAAGUUAAAAAUUUAAUGAUUGUUCUAACAAUUUCUGAUCAGGUAAGGCACUUUAAUAGUGGCACUCAAGGAGUCAAUGAUUCCUUUCUUUCAACAGGUAUUUUCUUUUGUCCAUGAUGCCUAAAAAAGGAAAUGGUUGGACAAAGUGAUGAUCUCUAGAAACAUCUCACAAACUAAACCAGGGAAAGGACAAAAUACUGUAGAAACAUUGUAGUAAAACGUGAUGUUUUUGUUUUAUUGCCUUCAUCUCAUUAACCUUUUUACGUUAUGAGUUGGAGUUGUAACUCAUUUCUUUACCUUUUUUGAAGCAAAAUCGAUAUUAUAGAAUAGUGUUUUUUGUUGUUUACAUAAGAAAUUUGUCUAACCUUAUCAAAGGAAUAAUUUGUUUUAAUUCAGUGUCAAAUACAGUACAAUACUCCUAAACAUCUCUGAAGUAUUAAAAGCUGAACUUGUUUUUUGUGCUUAUAACAAGCUGACCUCAGUCUUUUUUUAACCAUCAAUGAAGGGAACCAUUAUCACCAGUCUUAGUGUUUUCUUUUUUCUCUUUUUCGAAUAAAGCAUUGAAUAAACUCAUUAA